AUGUGGAGGGUGUCCGUUUGUGCUAAUUCAUGUUGUUCUUGUCUCUUCCUUCAUAGAUAUAUCAACUACAUGAAAGAAGGAAACAAAACAAUAAUUUUAGAGUUCAUCCUCCUUGGGCUUUCUGAGGAUCCAUAACUGAACCUCCUCAUAUUUGGGCUUUUCCUGUCCAUGUACCUGGUCACUGUGCUUGGGAACCUGCUCAUCAUCCUAAUCAUCUGCUUUGACACCCACCUUCACACCCCCAUGUACUUCUUCCUAUCCAAUCUGUCCUUGGUUGACAUCUGUUUCAGCACCACCAUAGUCCCCAAUAUGCUGGUAAACAUCCAGACAGAGAACAAGGCUAUCUCCUACAUGAACUGCCUCACUCAGGUGUAUUUUUCCAUGUUUUUUCCUAUCCUGGACACUUUACUUUUGACCGUGAUGGCCUAUGACCGGUAUGUGGCCAUCUGUCAGCCCCUACACUACACAAUCAUCAUGAACCCUCAUCUCUGUGGCUUGCUAGUUUUUAUUACUUGAUUAAUUGGUAUCAUGACAUCCCUCCUCCAUAUCUCUCUGAUGAUACAUCUGAAUUUCUGUAGAGAUCUUGAAAUUCCACAUUUCUUCUGUGAGCUGACACAGAUCCUCAAGUUGGCCUGCUCUGAUACCUUCCUGAAUAGCAUAUUGAUAUAUUUUAUGACUGGUAUGCUGGGUGUUUUCCCCCUUUUUGGAAUCCUAUUCUCCUACUCAAGAAUUACUUCAUCCAUAAGGAAGAUGUCCUCAUCGCGGGGAAAGCAAAAAGCAUUUUCCACCUGUGUGUCUCAUCUCUCAGUUGUUUCUUUGUUUUAUGUGGCAGGCAUUGGGGUCUACUUCACUUCUGCAGUGACUCACUCUUCCCAGAAAGUCUCAGUUGCCUCAGUGAUGUACACUGUGGUCACUCCCAUGCUUAACCCCUUCAUCUACAGCUUGAGGAACAAGGAUGUGAAGGGAGCCCUGGGAAGGCUUCUCAGCAGAGCAGCCUCUUGUCUGUGA